UCUUCUUAUCGCACCAUAAAUAAUUGUGGAACAAUGGGGAUUGUCUAUAUUAAGUAAACAGCGAUAAUCGCAAACGCCGGCGCCAAUAAAAAGCACAGCCUUUGACGGGAAUAAUUUUUGUACCUUCGCGAUUCAUUGAGUCGUAACCGGAGAAAAACGUACGGGAUGGCUGACAUCAAGAGCCUUUUUAUCGCUGGGUUUUUGUUAUGGGCGACCAUUGGUCGGAACCUGGCAAAAGAAUGUACAGAAGCCAACGGACGCGACCUUGUGAUCGCCAUCGACACUACCGGCAGUAUGCACAACACCCUGGAAGCGGUUAAAGCCAAAUGCGCGGAGCUGGUGGAGAUAGCAUGCGUCACGCCGUCGUCACCGCGGCGCUAUAUUCUCACACCUUUCGACGAUCCAGACUGGGGCCCGGCUAUACCGUACACGGAUCCGCGACAGUUUCUGCAGGCUCUCGAUGCGCUGACACCGGAAGGAGGUGGUGAUGAUCCCGAGAGAUGCCUAGAGGCGGUGGAUGCGGCCUCCGAUGAGGCUGGAGAAGGUGCUGUUAUCCACGUCUUCACCGACAACCCCACCAAGAAGCCCAGCAAUAUUAGUGCCUCAGCCUUGCGGGCCAAGCUGAACAAACGCCAGCAAGCAGUACGCUUCACUAUUCCCAAUCCAUCCAUUCGGGAAUCGGAUGUGCCGGAUUAUGUCUUGCUGACAGUGGGCGAUGGUGCACUGUACAUUACCGAGCCCGAUAUGGCCAGCAUUCAAACGGCAUUGUUUGAAAUAGACAAUCAGGAUACUGUAAUCUUGCAGGGGCCCGAAAAAUCGGAUACAGCGUCAAAAAUUAUAACGGUUGCGGUGGACGCCGGUAUGCGCAUGAUAGAGCUGGUACUGACCGACGACCGACAUCUACCAUCGGCCAAUUUCAAUCCACCCACCCGCAGCAGAACGGAUCCACCAGUAGCGCAAGUAGUAGCCACGACGGUCAAUACCAAAGUCUACCGGGUCCUUAAUCCUGUGCCCGGGGAAUGGACCAUCAGUGUCCAGGGAACCGCGCCCGGUUGGGAGGCCAAAAUAAACGGGCAAAGCACUCUGGACUUUAUUUACGCAAUGGGUCAGAUGACAUCCUCCGGUUUCCUUACCCAUCAUGGGAGCUCUAGCAGUGGGGAUAUUGCCACCAUUCAGUUGACCCCAUCCUGUGACCGUUGUGUGGUUAACAGUGUUUCGUUAAUUGGAAGCGACGGUGUGGUUUUUGGAAGGCCUCUGGUGAGCUUCCAUCCGGCUACUAAAGCCUAUUACGCCAAUUUCACCGUGCCAUCAGAGUUGUUCCUCGUUCAAAUAAGAGGAAGAGACAAAGAGGGGAACGUGUUCGAACGGGUCCAUCGUACGGCCGUCCUGCCAUCGUCCUUACGAUUGGAAGCGACCCGCGGCGGUGAAAGCCCGGAACCAGUCGCGCCGGGUGAUUCACGGCGGAUCUCCUACACCAUUGUCAAUCAUGGCAAUAGUGCCACCUUCGAGCGGACGAUCAGCGGCAACGCGCACGUAGCCGCCGUGUCUCCUUCCAGCGUCCACGUUUCAACGGGUGAGCGCGUGACCGGGUACGUUGAAGUUAUCGUUCCUCGCACUGCCGUUCCAGGAAGCACGAUUGAGAUCCUGCUUCUGAUCAGUGCACCGGCAACGGGCGCAACAAGCUCCCUGCGCAAGGUGAUCACCGUGGCCGACAGUGGACCCACCUGCAAAGUCACCUUCUCCAACCUGGCGGAAGUCUGUUGGAACGUCGGCCGGGAUCCGGUGGCGUGCCGUGAUCAGCGCUACAGGGUUCAAGUGACGUUUGCCGACCAGGAAAUGGGUCUGCGCACGAUACGCUUGGUCCGCGAUCACUGGGUGGGGCUGGCUACGUGGUCGUUGCCCAAUGACGUUGCGCAUAUUUCCAGCGAAACGGUGAGCGGCAUCGCCACCGGCAAUUGCUGUACCAAGGGCAUGAAGUUUGUUGCAACAAAUGCUAAAGGUGAAACGACCGAAUGCUCGGUCCGUCGCUGAAAGACCGUCUAGUCUGCCGGCUCGUAUUGUUGCCUCGUGGGGUUAUUUUACAUUAUGAAUUUGUGGGUUCUUUUUCUGAUAGUGCGUUUGUUGGUAUAGUAAGUGGUCUUUGGAACAGUUUUUGGUCUUUGUUAAGUGAUUGAAAUGAAGUGAUUUAAAUUGUGUUAUUCCAAACUGUGGGUGGCUCCCACUGUUCUGUCAAAUGGGUGAUCGCGAAUUAUGCCGAAAGUAUGAGGACUUAAAGGUGUUAAUCGAUUCUAGUUAUUAAACACCCUUGGUAACCUAAUAGUUC